GAAAGAGGGCCGCCCUCCUGCGCGGAGUGCAAUGUUAAUUCUGAGGUGUUGAUGUUUUACAAUGCCCAAUCAAGAUACAAAGGCGAAGAGCACAGAGAAAACCGCUGAUCAGCAGCAAGGGACCACCGCCAGGGACUAUUCAGAUCUUAAAAGACUUCGGUGCCUGUUGAACGUUCAGUCAAGCAAACAGCAGCUUCCAGCCAUUAACUUUGACAGUGCCCAAAAUAACAUGACAAAGUCUGAGCCAACCAUCAGGACAGGGGGACAUAGAGCUCGUGGUCAAUGGCAUGAGUCCACAGAAGCAGUUGAACUUGAAAAUUUUAGUAUAAACUAUAAGAAUGAAAGGAAUUUUAGCAAACAUCCACAGCAUCAGUUAUUUCAAGAGAUCUUCACAGCUCUGGUGAGAAACAGACUUAUAUGCAGAGAGUGGGUUAAUCGUGCUCCAUCCAUUCAUUUUCUGAGAGUGUUAAUUUGUCUGAGGCUGCUAAUGCGGGAUCCAUGUUAUCAGGAAAUACUCCAUAAAUUGGGUGGUAUUGAGGACCUUGCUCAGUACAUGGAGAUCGUGGCCAACGAGUACCUGGGCUACGCUGAGGAGCAGCACUGUGUGGACAAGCUGGUCAAUAUGACGUAUAUUUUUCAAAAACUUGCUGCUGUGAAAGACCAAAGAGAAUGGGUCACUUCAAGUGGAGCCCACAAGGUGAUAAUAUGAUCUCUAGGAUACAAAAACAUGUCUGGAGUAAAAUAUGAUUUUUGUAACUGCUAAUAUUUGUGUAUUUGCAGUUCAGAGUGUAGGGAGAAGAUCAGUGAACUCAACGUAGUAGAAAAUCUGUUGAUGAUUCUGCACGAAUAUGAUUUACUCUCCAAAAGACUCACUGCCGAGCUCCUGCGCCUGCUUUGUGCUGAGCCCCAGGUAAAGGAGCAGGUGAAGCUCUACGAAGGGAUCCCUAUCCUGCUCAGUCUGCUCCAUUCCGAUCACUUGAAGCUGUUGUGGAGUGUGAUCUGGAUCCUGGUCCAGGUGUGUGAGGACCCGGAGACUAGUGUGGAAAUCCGUAUCUGGGGUGGCAUCAAGCAGCUCCUUCAUAUUUUACAAGGAGACAGAAAUUUUGUUUCCGACCGUUCUUCCAUCGGAAGCCUGUCCAGUGCAAAUGCCGCAGGACGCAUCCAGCAGCUUCAUUUGUCAGAAGAUUUAAGCCCUGGAGAAAUCGAGGAAAAUACUGUCUCUCUCCAAGCAGCCUGCUGUGCUGCCCUCACCGAGCUGGCCCUCAAUGAUACCAAUGCCCACCAAGUGGUACAGGAAAAUGGUGUAUAUACAAUAGCAAAAUUAAUUUUACCAAAUAAACAAUCGAAUGCAGCACAAACUAAUCUACUACAGUGUUAUGCUUUCAGAACCCUGAGGUUUCUCUUCAGUAUGGAAAGGAACAGGCCACUCUUUAAAAGACUUUUUCCGACCGACCUGUUUGAGACCUUCAUUGACAUAGGACAUUACGUUCGUGAUAUUGGUGCUUAUAAGGACUUGGUAUCACAGUUGAAUUUACUAUUGGAAGAUGAGCUGAAGCAAAUUGCUGAGAAUAUUGAAAGCAUCAAUCAGAAGAAAGCGCCCUUGAAGUACAUAGGUGACUAUGCUGUGUUGGACCACCUUGGAAGUGGAGCUUUUGGCUGUGUUUAUAAGGUUAGAAAGCGUAGUGGUCAAAAUCUUUUAGCAAUGAAGGAGGUCAAUUUGCAUAACCCAGCAUUUGGAAAGGAUAAGAAAGACCGAGACAGCAGUGUGAAGAACAUUGUUUCUGAAUUAACAAUAAUUAAGGAGCAGCUUUAUCAUCCCAAUGUUGUACGUUAUUAUAAAACAUUUUUGGAAAAUGACAGGUUGUAUAUUGUUAUGGAGCUGAUAGAAGGAGCCCCACUUGGAGAGCACUUUAAUUCUUUGAAGGAAAAACAUCACCAUUUUAGCGAAGAGCGACUGUGGAAAAUAUUUAUACAGCUGUGCUUAGCUCUUCGGUAUCUGCACAAGGAGAAGAGGAUUGUUCACAGAGAUCUCACGCCAAACAACAUUAUGUUGGGAGAUAAGGACAAAGUGACAGUUACUGACUUUGGCCUGGCAAAGCAAAAACAGGAAAGCAGUAAGCUUACAUCUAUGGUGGGAACGAUCCUCUAUUCUUGCCCAGAGGUCCUGAAGAGUGAGCCAUAUGGAGAGAAGGCUGAUGUCUGGGCUGCUGGCUGCAUCCUUUAUCAGAUGGCGACUCUAAGUCCUCCCUUCUGUAGCACCAACAUGCUCUCCUUGGCUACUAAAAUAGUGGAGGCUGUAUAUGAGCCAGUGCCAGAAGGUAUCUACUCUGAAAAAGUGACAGAUACCAUUAGAAGGUGCCUCACUCCUGAUGCGGAAGCCCGUCCAGAUAUUGUAGAAGUUAGUUCCAUGAUAUCAGAUGUCAUGAUGAAGUAUUUAGACAGAUUAUCCACAUCCCAGCUAGCCUUGGAGAGGAAACUGGAAAGGGAGCGGAGGCGCACACAGAGAUACUUUAUGGAAGCCAACAGAAAUGCUGUCACAUGUCACCAUGAGCUGGCUCUUCUGUCCCAGGAGACCUUUGAGAAGGCAAGCCUGAGCAGCAGUAGCAGCGGGGCAGCCAGCCUGAAAAGUGAGCUUUCAGAGAGCGCAGAGCUGCCUGGAGAGGGCUGCCACAUCCCCUGUGGGAAGGAGGAGGACAGGGUCUGUGAGGAGGUGCUGUCAGAAGACAACUUCCAGCUGGACAGUGUGGAGAAAGACCUGUAUUCUGAGCUAGACGAUGAGCUCGACGUCUCGGACAACUGUAGCAGCUCCAGUUCAAGCCCCCUAAAGGAGUCUACAUUCAGCAUUUUAAAGCGAAGUUUCAGUGCUUCGGGAAGAGAAAGGCAUUCACAGGCAAGGGACUUUAUUGCUGGACUAGGAUCAAGACCAAGACCAGGGCCACAGAUGAGCACCUUUGUGGUAGAGUCAGCAUCUGCAGGCAUCGCUGUAUCCCAGCGGAAAGUGCGGCAGAUCUGCGACCCCAUUCAGCAGAUCCUGGUCCAGCUGCAUAAAGUCAUCUACAUCACACAGCUCCCUCCAGCUCUGCACCAUGAUUUGAAGAGAAGGGUUAUAGAGAGAUUCAAGAAGUCCCUGUUCAGCCAGCAGAGCAACCCCUGUAACCUGAAAUCUGAAAUUAAGAAGUUGUCUCAGGGGUCUCCUGAACCCAUCGAGCUGAACUUUCUUACCUCAGAUUAUCACUCACUUCGCCAUUCACGGGCUGCAAACAACUGGUCCCCAAGUGACCCCACAGGUUCACCCAGCAGCUUUGAAGUGGAAGAGGGAGUCACAUAUGAGCAGAUGCAGACUGUGAUUGAAGAAGUCCUAGAGGAAAGUGGCUAUUACAACUUUACAACUAAGAGGUGA